AUGGCCAGACCUUCGGCGGACCAGCAAGCACUCGUGCCAGUGUCUCGAGACACAUCGUUGGUGGAUGAGUGGACCGGUUCAUUCAUCCCUUCACAGCAGCAAUACCCUUCUACUUGGCAAUCGCCGUCGCCGCCUUUCCCAAUUGAUUACGGCGAUGAUUGCCAAAGAGGGUUUUCUCAAUCCUACGACGGGUCGCCCAAUGCGUUCGAACCCCCAGACUUCGACUCGGCAGAAGAUGCUGUCUUUUCCGAUGGGAACGAGCCCAAUCCGCUAGAAGAGGCCAUCCUCGACCCAGAUUUAGUUGACAAACUCCAAAUCGACGCUGCCGACCAGUACCUCAUCGAACAACGCCUACAAGACCAGGACUGGGAUACGAUCAAGAGUGGUUUUGAACAUCGUUUUGGCGUUUCUUCGUCGUCGAGCAAAUCAGCCCUGGCCAUGAGAGUAUCGCGACGAAGGAAGAAGCAC